AUGAAGGAUGAGCUUUUAGAUGAAAUUAUUAGCAUUUUGCGCAAUGGUAGAAAGUUCCCAAGCCCGUCAAAGAAUCCUAAAUUUAAUUCCGGGUCUCCUGUUGUUGAGAAGAAUAAGAAAGUUAAAACUGAUAAAAAAGCCGGAGAAACACGUCAAUGGGAGGACUCUUUUGAUGAUUAUCCAGGUUUGGCAUCUGUCCUUUAG